UACGGUGGAGAUGACUCAAUCGGGUUGAUUCGAGUUCACCACUACUCUCAACAAGAUGUAGUGGCUUGAAAAUAGGCUCUACGGUUGAGCAGGCGGACAAACGCUGCUCCUCGGUGAGGGUUUUAUUUUGAAAGCCGUAGAGUGGGUGGGCGGCUGCGUGCGCGCGCCCUUGGCAUCUCCAAGGACGCACAUCUGGAGAGCGGGUUCGCAAUGAAUUUGAAACAUACUGCGUCCCCCAGCGGAGGGUCGCAUAUGACCCGCCACGGACGGUGAUCAGAUCGCUCUCCCCCAACUCUUGUCAUUCAUCUGCAUUCAUUCCAUCCGACCUGUGUGCGCGCGCGCGGGCCAGACGCUCCAACAGCUGGACGAGGGCUGGGGAACAUCUGCAGCGCCCGUCCCGGAGCGCGUAAAACGAAGGGACGGCUGGAUGGCUCUGUGCCGCCCGCCCUGGAUGAAACAUCCCCGGAAUGAAAGUCGGCGGUUUGCGUGCGUCGCGGGCUGACGGGACGCGACCGGAGCGCCGUGUUUCUUCACUCCACGGCGAAACCCCCCCCAGCAGCGACAGUUGUGCGUUGAACGGGAACAGCCGAGCGGAUCGGACGGGCAUGGAGCAGGGCAGUCCUCUUCCACCGGGACCAACGGGUUUACCUGCAGCCUCUCCAAAGAGACGGUUCGUCAAGCUGGGGAGGAGGACGAGCGAUGGCUCCGAGCGGUAAAAGAUACAGUUGAGCUGGUGGGACGUCAGUCUCUUGCUCGUGGGCACCUCUUUCGGACACAUCUUGACCGCGGUCUCUCCGUCUCUGAUCAGAUCGGCCUCAUCCACCGGCAGUUCAUCCGCCGGCAGGUCAGCCGAGGGCGCCGCCGUCAGACAGCCCAGCAAGAGCCGCAUCCGUCGCCAUACCAACCGCCUCUCAGGUGUCUUCCUUCGUGUCCCCGCCUCCAGCUCAGGCUCCAUGUCGCUGACGGCAGGUGUCAGGUCAUCACUGUCCGUCCAAGCCGGGAAAGGCAGCAUGACGUGCGGGGAUGCCCUGACAGCGGAUGACCCAUCCGAGCUGUCCAAUCAGAUUACUGCUCCAGGAAUCCUGAAGAUCUUUGGAAAUGAAAUCUGUGAAGGAGCCCACUACAAGAGCGUCCUGGCCACCACGCAGUCCAGUGCUAAGGAGCUGGUCAAAGAGGCCCUUGAACGGUAUGGCCUGGGCAAGGAGGAGGCAGAGUCCCACGUUCUCUGCGACACCAUUGGCUCCGUUGGAGUUCAUCAGUGGCGGACGGAGGGGUUCAGAGUCGUCGGCGACAACGAGAAGCCCCUCCUCCUGCAGUCACUAUGGAAACCCAGAGAAGGCCUGGCGAGACGGUUUGAAAUCCAGAGGAGGAGCUCGGUAGAGGAGAAGACAUCCAAAGACAAAGACACCAUCACUGCUGGUAUCAAUGCCCAGGCUCGCAAGCUGCAGAAGAGCCGCUCCAGAGUGACCUCCACCCUCAUAGAUAGGACUAUGGGUCGAGGUCACAAACUGUGGAGGAGCAAAAGUGAGAUGGACCUCUUGGAUCCAGACACAGACCCCAAGCAGGAUCCAGAGCACGACACAUGUGUCAAGGAUCGAAGCGGGAGCCUGAAUCAGACCUCGCUGCAGUGCUACGAGUGCCCAGAACAGGAUCACACUCACAGCCGCGCGACUCCCUCUGAGGGGUCGCGGGCCACAACAGAGACCCUCUGUCCGCAGAGGCCGCGGGGCGAGCGGGAAGGAGAGGAGUCCGAGAGGGAGGAGACGGAGAGCAGCGACGACAACACAACACAGUACUCCAUUCACCCUCCUCACGACUGUCCGUACCUGCUGCUGCUGCAGGGCUGCAGCCCCGCACAGGACUUUGUCAUUUACCUACUUGCGGGGACAAAAAUUGGGAUCGGACAGCAGAGUGAUCCGGACGACGGGUCAAAGCACGACAUCCUCCUCUUCGCCACCGACAUCCUUUCGAGACACUGCUAUUUCCAUCGCCACGGCGCCGGCGGUCCCACCGCGCUCUGCCCCUGUCCGGACGCUUUGGUCACCCGGAAUGGUGAAGUGCUGAGAAAAGAAGUGCAGCUGAGUCCUGGCGAUGUCAUUGGGCUGGGACAGUGCUACCUGUUUCUUUUCAAAGAUCCCCUAGCUUUGAUGCACGAGGAAGUGAACAGUGCCGCCCCCGAACCCAGCUGGUCUGCUGCCCCCUGGAUGUUGGGUCACAACACUUCAACAGGCCACGCCACAGAAAUGAACCUCUGCAAUACCUGCACCUCAACCUGCGCCGACCUCAGCGGCCAAAGCGGCAAGCAGACGCUGAGCGACGGCCCCCCAUGUUUAAAAUCGCCUGAAGGCCACCGCCUGACUCUGACCUAUGAGACAGAGGACGAGGAUUACAUCGUCGAGGAGAUAGUUGCUGCGGGGCGGACUCAAGUCGAGGAACGACCGCCGCUGACCGCAGCGUUUUCGCUGUGCAUGUGCAUUCAGCAUUCGGCCACAUGUCUUCAUACCUCAGACCUUCGUAGGCUCCUGCUGACUAUCGCCAGCAGAGUUCAGAGUGCCAUGUGUGAGCACACGAAGGAUCUCGCUGCCGUUCAACCCGACGUUCUCAACGGCGAAGGCCCAAACCCGGAGGACCUCCAGCCCCUCGGCCUGUCGGAGGCGAUCCCGGGGCUGCGCCCCCUGGUGGCGUGGAUGUCCAACAGUCUGGAGCUGCUGCAGUUCGUCCAGUACCAGCUGCCUCUCAUCCUGGAGUGGAGAACCGGGAAGGAGCAGGGAUGGGAGGAGGACGGGGGUGACGAGAGCAAGGAGGGCGAGCGCAUAGCCCUGUUGGAGCCUCACCUGUCCUGUGUCCGUUCAGCCAGUGAGGAAACAGUGGCUGUUCUGGAGGAGGUCAUCAUGCUUGCCUUCCAGCAGUGUGUGUACUACAUCACCAAGGUCCUGUACCCCAUCCUACCUGGGCUUCUGGACUGCAACCCUUUCCGAAAGAGUCCUGACCUGGGCAGCAGCGGACUGCAGGUCCCUGACGAGAUCCAGCGGGUCGUGGAAGUCCUCAACGAGGCCUGGAUACUACUCUCAGACUGUCAGCUCCAUCCGGAGAUUUCCUCUCAGCUCAUUGGCUACCUCUUCUACUUCAUCAACGCGUCACUCGUCAACUCACUCAUGGAGAGAGGCUCAGAGCCCGGUUCCUACCAGUGGUCCAGUGGCGUGCGGAUGAGGGCCAACCUGGACUUUCUCCUGGACUGGGCCCAUGCAGCUGGACAGGGAGAACUGGCCUUGGAGCACACACACACGCUCUCGUCAGCUAUCAAUCUGCUGUCCACACCUAAAAAGAAUUUACAGCAGACAUCUUGGGCAUCCUUGCGGUCUCACUACCCUGCCCUGACUCCAGCCCAGCUCAACCACCUGCUGAGUCUCUACAGCCCAGCGUCUCCCUGCAGACGCACGUGGACUCCGUCAGUACAAGAUGAACCAGCUGUACAUAAAACUGCUGAAAUCCUUGAAGGUUUUGACACCCAGCAUCCUCUGGUGCUGCCUGGCAGGGGUUACCAGCUCCAACUGAGAAGGGCAGUCACAGAUUCAGCACUAAGCGAACAGCUGGACAAGCUCAAAGGGUUUAUUCCCUCACGCCCUAAACCACAGUCCACUGAAGUCACAGCCACUGGCGAGCACCAGAGUAGUACCUUUCUUCAACCUGCUGUCCAGAACCACCGAUUCCCUUCAACAACCUCUGUUGCCUCACCUCCAUCACCCCCGUCACCGCCAUCUCCUCUCUCCACCCACUACCUGGACGAAUUAAAUUCCUGUGGUGCCUUCCUUUUGUCCCAGAAGCUAAGAAAUCUAGAGCUGCAAAUCAGAGAGACAAAGAGCAACGGGAUAGGGAGGUCGGCUCUGGACCCCUCCUGUCUCCUCACCCCACCCAACACCCCUCACACCAUAGAUCCUGUUGGUUUGGUAAAGGCAGGCCAGGAUAAAUGGACAAAGGCUGACAGUGAGACGCUUCCCUGGGCCUACGGUGUGGAUGCACCUGAUGAAGGGGGACUGGUGUUUGAAUGUCUGGCUGCAUUGACGGUAGACCGUUUGAAAUCAGACUGCCCCAGUAUGAAAAGAAUUUUGGAACUCAAAGAGGAAGAGGAAGAGGAGGAGCAGCAGGAGGAGGAAGACGAGGACAAACAUUAUGAUGACAACAAUGAUGAGGUGUUUAGCUUGGAACUGGAGAGAGGUGAAAGAGGACUCGGCCUCGCGCUGGUUGACACAAGGGACACUUCCUUGAGGGUGAAAGGCAUCUUCAUCCGCUCAGUGGUCCCAGACUCUCCCGCAGCCCGGUGUGAGAAGCUGGUACCAGGGGACAGGAUCCUGGCUGUUAAUGGAGUCAGUCUGCUUGGGCUGGACUGUAAGAGUGGAAAGGAGCUGAUCAAGUCAUCAGGCGACAGACUGAGAUUGCUGGUGACCAGAUGUAGCUGGAUGGCUGAGGCUAUACAGACAGGAUGCUGACUGCAUUUUUCAUAGCAUUUUUAUUUUAUUUUAUUUAACCAAGAGACUGUUGAAGCACCACAAGCACAUUAAAGCUGACAAGGAGGGCUCAUUGAAUAAUCAAGUGCAGACAAGUAUUGACCUAGAAUUUAGGAUGACAUUCUUGUGAAGGCAAAACGGCACAAUAAAAUGAGCUCUGUCCUGGUUGAAUUGAGUAGCAGUUUUCAGCUGCUCAAUGGAGUUUUACUGCUGUAAACAUGACAUGAAAUGAGAGAUUCAAGUCAAGCUCGCUUCCAGAGACAAGUGGAAUACAAAAUUAAUAUAAACAGGCAAAAUCAGAUUGGUUACACUGUCACCAACAAAUGGUAUUUAUCUAUCCACGUGUUGAGUGAAGCUGAUUCAAAAAAAAGGUUUGGCAAAGAUUCUGUGGUAAAAGGCUCAAAUUCUCCAUAUAGCCAUAUCCAAUAAGACUUGGGUAUGCAAUGUCUUCUUUCGUGACUGCUGUUGGACAGGUAGCAACAAGCAAACAGGCCAACCUUAUUCAAACUAUGAAAUGUUCUUUGUGUUGACAGAUAUUUGCAGGCUUACACACAUAGCUAAGAUGUGACAAUGGUUAACAUGAAAACUGCAAAACUUUGUGACACUGUCACAUUUCACAACUUCAACAUACAAGCUGGCUGCAUGUCUCACAGUAGAAAAAGAAUGACAUGCCUAUUGAAAUUACAUCAACGCAACAGUCUUUGUCAUUUGUCUGUUUGAAGAGAUAACACGCACUAACUAAGGCAUAAUGCCGCUGCCAGUCUUGGAAUAUUUUUUCAUCGAUCAUGUGGAUAAAACCAUUACAGGUGCAAUGUGUGUUAUAUUUUGUUGAUAAUUGUGGAGGCAUAAAAACAUGACGAGAGUGAUUUUUAGUGUCUCUUCAUUUGACAGAUGGUGAUCUCUUACCUUACAGGUAGAGCCCGCCAAUUAAUAUUUUUCCUGUAGGCUAUGGUCCUGGUUUUAUUAUAAUAAUAUUAAUAAUUAUUAUUUUUAUUAUUAUUAUCGUUACCAUUUUUGUUGCUGCUGCAGACAACUGUUCAUCUGUUUUUGCAGGGCAAGGAAGAGAGAUAGAUAGAGAGACUAAGUAAUUAUGUCAGUGAAUAUUAAUAGUAGUAUCAGUUUAUCAGAUAGUUGUUUCUGUCCGAUUUAUUCCCGCUGCUGGCAUUCUGCUCAGUCUUUGCUUUGAGCUAUGACUGAGGCAGACUAUCUGCAAUCAAGUAUUAAACAAAGUUCCACAGGGGGGGGUGUACACUUACACAAGUGUAAGUGUAACUGUGAAGUGUAAAGUUACACUUACACUUCACAUGGCGACUGAGCAUUAAACAGAGCUUUAACUAGCACAGGAUUUUCUGUCUGCAAAUCCCAAAUUCUUAGAUAUGUUAAACCCCGACAACUAUAUCCAUGACUGACGGCACAGCAGCAUUUAAACCCCACCUUCAAUGCCGUCUGUUCACUGGGGGUUUGAUAACUAGUCACACUUGGCCUGCCACUCCGAGGAGCAUAAAGAGAGGUGGAGAGUUUUUUGUGGAUAUCGAAAGUGCUGAAUAGCAUUUGUAAAGAGGAUUACUGAAUGGAAUGAUUGAACUCUCUCCUGCAACGGGCUGAGCUGAAUUUGAGACAGGUUACUGAUCGAUCUCCCAAGUGCAGGUCAGAGGAGAGUUGCUCAUCUUGUCUCUGAAGACUUGGUCAAAACGUUCAUUCUGGGCCACUGUGAGGUAAUUCUUCCAGUCACCCGCCACCCCUGUUCAGACAGAGUCAGAGAUAUAAUUCAUCUGUACCCGUUCUUGUACUUAUACCACAACACCACAAGUUACUAAAUGCGUUUUCCUAUCCCAGACAACAUCAAUGUGGAAACAAACCUUUGCGCAUGGUUUCCCCCAGGUAGCGACCUUUUUCGAUUAAAUCCUUGUAGUUGGCUUUGGGAUCGGUCUUCAUGCUGUUGAAGGAGGACAUCUUCACAACGUGAUCGAUGGCUUCACCUGUCAAAUCUUUUUCGAGGAAAGCGCAAAGCUUCACAACUUCCCCUCGGAGGUCCUGUCAAUGGCAAGAUGUUUUCAUGUCAGAAUGCGUGCAUUGGCUCACUUUGCUUUGUGGACUUGCGGAAACAUGCGAUAUGAAAAAAAUAAGAUUCACAACCUUCAACAUAUUCUCAUACUGCACAAAAUGGAUAUUCAGCUGGUUCUGUGCUGCAAAAUACUCUUGCACAUGAUUGAACCAUGAUCCCAUGUACACUGGCGAAAGAAAGAAUAUGUAUGUCAGAGCUGCAUAAGCCCCGGAGGGCCAGUGAAACAUGCUGUUAAUGGAUGUUAUCAACCUUACAAAAUAAGAUUCAUAAACUUGUUGUUUUUUUUUCCAUGAAAAGAAAUAACUAAUCUCAAGUAUUGGUCAUGUCUUACAUGUCUUAAAAAAAAUCAUAUAUCACCCCCAGGUGGAAUUGCUUCCAUUUACUAAAACUUUUAAGCUGAUUCACUGUUAGACGAUUUAGCACAAUAAAUAAACUAUCCCUCUGUCCCUACCUUCACCAUCCAGGAACUGCUGAAAGAAACCCUCAAAGCUUUUAGGUGUUUCCAGCAAGGCCCAAGUGUGAGCAAAGUGAUACAAGGACACCAGGAUAUCCUUCGGGUUCCUCCAGACAUACACUGCCUAAAGAUGAACACAUAUAUUUUUCAUGAAUGAUCUUCAGUAUGACUGUUGGUUCGAUUUUUGUUAACACAGCUCAACAGACGCGGGCUCCUCUUUGUGAACUUGUUGACAAAUGAAUGCUCAGAGUGAAUAAAAUUAAAUACGCUGCUUGAAUCAGAGCAAAGUUUAAAUUACCUUGCUUUGCUCGGCUUUCACUCCAAGAGGCAACAUGUCAGCGGGGAGAUGUGUGCCGAAGAUUCGCGGGUCUGGCCUCUCCCGGAGAGGGUUGUCUGCAGUUCUUUCCUCCAGCCAAGGAACUCGUGUCCGAUUGUGGCCGUCCUCUGCCUGUUCAGGGUGGGCAGCAUCCAUGAUCUGCACCAAGAUCUGCUGCAUCCAUACUGUGCCUAUGAAAUAAAACAUGGAGGACCAUACAAAUUGAUCCAAAUGUGCCCAGGGAGCUCUUACGUGAGAGCCAUUGUUCUGUUACUAUGCAUACUCUCACAUUUGGGGGGGGUUAUAGAAAAACCUAUUUAAAAUGUCUCAAAACUGAACAUUAUAAUCUUAAUGUGGGUAAGAUUUGAAUCCAGAACAGUUUAUUUGUGUAAUUAAAAAAAAAUCAGCUGUCGUUUUUUUUUGAGAGAGACUAACUACAUCUCUCUACUGCUGUUGACCAAGUCUCAACUUCAUGCAAAUGUCCUCUGACACAAUCAUUUUGAUUCCAUCAAAAAAGGGAGCACACUCCACAUCAGAAAGCACAAAAUCACAGCAACACCACAGCCCAUUACACAGAUUCAUGAGAAGGCACAUCCUGGGAAUUACAGCAUAUGUGUAAACUGGUAUUGGUGGAUGAUAUUGGUGUUGUUGUGAGCUGAAAAAAAGGCCCUAUAUCAUAAAUGCUAGGGUUAUGGACUUUUUUCAUUUCUUGGUUCACUCCCUGUUUCUAGGUUGGUUGGCGCAUGUGCUCCCCUGUCCCUGCUCUGCUCUACAGUACAGUAUCCGCUGCUGACUGGGCGGGACCUCCGCUUCCAUCUCGUCCAAGUACCUCUUUCCCUUUCAGCACUUAGUUUUGGUAGUUUGGGUCUGUUAUUGUUAGUCACUUGCAUUCACCAGUGGUUGUACAUGCCCUGUUUAUAUUGUAAUAAAUCUUGUAGUACUCGAUA